GCAAACAUUUAGAAUUCCACGUAUGAGAACUGCAGAUAUUGUGAAGAAAGAAAUAACAGAUCUAGAAAAUCUUCUUAAAGGUGUAGGGAACAAGGAUAGUAACUGUUCAAUGGUUAAUUAUCAAUCAGAAAUAAUCAGCUUUCAGAAUUUGCUCAAUGAUACAUUGGAAAUGGUGCCAGAAAGAUUGAAGAAUCCUCCACCCGAGUCACCAAAGGACAGGUUUGGGUUACACAAGAUGGUAGCUGAACAUGAUAUUAUCAUACAGAACAUUGAACAACGUGUACAGGAAUGUAGACAGGAACUAGCAGUCAUAGAGCAGGAGGCCGGCAUCGAUACAGCUAGACAACAUUUCCGAGAUAGAUCCAACUCUGUAUUGUGAUAACUCAACAGAAAUAAAGCUCUAACUAUUAUAUAGUAAAAUGAAGAUAUAAAGAUAAUUUAGAGAAUCUCAGCACAAGGAUAAACAUCAGGACUUCUCAAAUGUAGGAAAUCAUGAACCAGUAUCAGAAAAUGUUCAGUAUCAGUUUUGGAAAGUUAGAAAAUGAUUGAUGAAUAAUGAGUUAAAGUUAUAUGUAUAAUAAGUAUAGACAGUAACAAAAAUUGAGCAAAAAUUUCAACUCUUUGGUAAACUGGGUAUUUUUCUUCUUUUUUAUUGCUAGGGAAUUAGUUUUUGAAGCCUGUUAUAUUAAGAAAUUAUUAGAACCUUGCCUGGAUAAAUACAUGGUAGAAUAAAUUAAGAGUUUCGUACAAUUACAUUGUAGAAAAGAUUAGAAUUAGACAACCUUUACAUUGUGGCUAUUGUUGUUUGUGUGUUUUAAACUUUAUUGUGUAUGAUUAGAAAAGCUGCUUGGAUGCUACAUAUGCUUUCUAAUUGCAAGUCUAGAAUACUCAUAAUUAUGUAAUAUGGGAGGCUGUUUACUUUUACUAGCUUACCUCGGCACAAAUGCCCUGCAUUCACCACUGUCAUCAUAAUCAUAAUAGGUAGCUAGCUGUCAAUAAAUUUUGUCUCAUCAAAAAUUUGGUAACUUUUGUUGAAUUAUUUGACCAUUAAGGUUGUAAUGUAUCACAGAAGUGUUAUCUUUUUGGUCAGGGAAACAAACAACUUCAGCAGUGUAUGUGCCAUAAUUGUCUUAUUUUCAUUUUACACACACAUGUACAUUUCAUAAACUUAGAUAAUUUUAUAUUUUUAAUAAGCACAUUUUAUUUAGGGCAGCCAAGCACAUUAGAGUUAGGACAGCCAAAAACAUUAGAAUAAGGGCAGAUAGGCACAUCAGAAUUAUGACAAAUAAGCACAUUUAAAUUAUGACAAUCACAUUAGAAUUAAGACAAGGACAUAAGAAUUAUGACAGGCAAGCACAUCAGAAUUAGCACAGACAAACACAUUAGAAUACUGACAGACAAGCACAUCAGAAUUAUGACAGACAUUCACAUAUGAAUUAAGACAAGCACAUCA